AUGUCGAUCAAAACGCAACUUGCGGCAACCUACAGGGAGCUGUUCACAUACCAUUGCUAUGGUCUGGGGGUUGCGGCCCUAUUGAACAUUCUAGCACAUUUGUUCACACACUGGAGCAUCCGAUUUCGUGCAUUCGUGUCAACGAGCAAUGUCUCCGACAUCGAUGACGCCGAGGUCGUCCUUGUGGUGCCAGUCCGGUUCAAUGGGAGCACGGAACUGGUGCCGCUCGACCGCAAAUAUGUGAAAGAAGGGCUGAUGGAGGUGGAGGAGCUCAGCUUCGACUUCCGGCGCCAGCGCUUCGUGUACAACCCCGCAGCACACGCUUUUGAAAAGCUGCGCUUUCCGGAUAAGGAGACGUUUGAGACGUACGGCAAGGCCAGCGGGCACGGCACCGAGGCGAAGCAGCUGGCAGCGUUUGACCGGUACGGCCUCAACCGGGUGGAUGUGCCGCUACCCGCCUUCUCAGCACUAAUGAAGGAGCACCUGGUGGCGCCGUUUUUCGUGUUCCAGGUGUUUUGCGUGAUGCUGUGGAUGCUGGACGAGUACUUUUAUUACUCGCUCUUCACGCUGUUCAUGCUGGUCACAUUCGAGAGCACGGUGGUGGGUCAGCGGCUCCGGAACCUCAAGGAGCUCAGAUCGCUGCAGACCCCCAAGCAAAACAUUUACGUAUAUAGGUGCGGCAAAUGGGAGCAGAUGCCGGGCGAUGCGCUGCUGCCUGGAGACGUCAUCUCCAUUGGCAGGCCUCUCUCAGACACGACCUCUGCCGGCGGCGACAAGGUGGUUCCCGCGGACUGUUUGCUGGUGGCUGGUAGCUGCAUCGCGGAGGAGGCGGUGCUGACGGGCGAGUCCACACCGCAGUGGAAGUCCAACAUUGGCGACCAGCUGUUGAGCGAGUCCACUGCAAAGCAGCGGUUGUCAUCCAAGCAACACAAGCAUCACAUCCUGUUUGGAGGCACCAAGAUCCUGCAGCACACCGGCGACAAGAAUGCGCGCAUUCGCACACCUGACGGCGGCUGCCUGGCUGUGGUUCUGCGCACCGGCUUUGAGACCGCGCAAGGCCGCCUGAUGCGCACCAUCCUCUUCUCCACAGAGCGCGUGACAGCCAACAACGCAGAGGCCGGUCUCUUCAUUGCGUUCCUGCUGCUCUUUGCAUUGUCAGCCGCCUACUAUGUGCUCGUCAACGGACUGCAGGAUCCAACCCGCAGUCGCUUCAAGCUCAUUCUGAACUGCAUUAUGAUCGUCACCUCCGUCAUCCCGCCUGAGCUGCCCAUGGAGCUGUCCCUGGCGGUAAACGCAUCGCUGCUUGCCCUGGCCAGGAAGAAAGUCUUUUGCACGGAGCCCUUCCGCAUCCCCUUUGCGGGCAAGGUGGAGGUGUGCUGCUUUGACAAGACGGGCACUCUCACCAGCGACCACCUGCUACUGGAGGGCCUGGUAGGGGAUCCCGAGCCGCGACCGCCGCCGCCGCCCGGCAGUUCCCCUGCCAGGGAGGGCGGCGGCAGUGAGGGGGGAUCCCGCGGGGCCGGCAAGGGCAAGGACAGGGAGCGCCGCGUCACGUUCAGGGAGGCGCCUGAGGAGCUGGUCCCCGACGGCGAGGCAGGGGCCAACAAGGGGCCCGACGAGGACGAGCUGGCGGACCCAGCCCUAGUCAAAGACCCCAGGCGCUUUGGUCCGCGCGCUACGCUGGUGCUGGCAGCCUGCCACAGCUUGGUGCAGGUGGCGACGGGGGAGAGCGGGGGUUCUGCGGGAGGAGGGAGUUCGGUGGCAACGGAGGUGGUGGGAGAUCCGCUUGAAAAGGCGGCCCUGGAGUCCGUGGGCUGGACCUUCGUGGGCAGCAACGGCGGUGCUGACGUCUCCCUCAGCCCCGAGAAACUUGUACGUGCGACCCUGCUCCACCGCUUCCACUUCUCCUCCCAUCUCAAGCGCAUGUCCGCCAUGCUGCGUGUCGAAGAUGAUACGCCGGGUCUUAGCGGUUCCUCGCCGUACUCGUACGGCGGCGCAACAGCGGCGGCGCAAUCCGCCACUGCCAGUGGCGGUGGUGCUUCCGGACCGCAGCACGUGGUGGUCGCUAAGGGAGCUCCGGAGGUGCUCAAGGGGUUGUUAGCCUCCGUACCUCCUGACUACGACAGCCAGUACAAACGUUAUGCCGCGGAGGGGGCCCGUGUAAUUGCCCUGGCGCAUAAGGCCCUUCCGGCGGAUCUGGACGCGGCAACGCUGCGGUCUAUGCCCCGGGAGGCUGUCGAGUCGAAGUUGAAUUUCGUGGGCUUCGCCAUCUUCCAAUGCCCUCUCAAACCGGAAAGCGAGCCCGCCCUGGCCGCCCUGGCCGCCUCCUCGCACCAGCUGGUCAUGAUCACGGGCGAUGCGCCGCUCACGGCCUGCUACGCGGCGUCGCGGGUGCACAUCGUGACUCGCCCGGUGCUGGUGCUGGGCCACGUGGAGGAGGACAAGGGGCACGCGGGCGGGGACACUCAGGGUGCCAAGGAGGCGGGCACGGAGGACGACAGCGCCUUCUGCUGGUCCUCCCCGGAUGAGUCCGUACGGCUGCCGUUCAGCCGUGACUGGGACGACAUGCUGCGGGUUGCGUCCGAGUACGACUUGGCGGUGUCGGGCGACGCCCUGGCGCACGCGACCGCCGUGGGUGUGGCGUCUCAGCUCAUUCCGCUGUGCCAGGUGUUUGCGCGCGUGUCGCCCGACCAGAAGGAGCUGGUGGUCAACACGCUGCGAGCACAAGGCUUUGUGACGCUCAUGUGCGGUGACGGCACCAACGACGUGGGCGGACUCAAGGCGGCCCAUGUGGGCGUUGCGCUGCUGAGUGCGAGCGAGUCCGCCGCAAAAAGAGCCGCAGCUAAGAAGGCAGCGAACAAGAAGGAUGGCAAGGCGGUAGCGACAACGGCGUCGGGGGCAGGAGGACCCCGGGGCAAGGCAGCGCCGGGUACCGGCCCGGGUGGCAAGCGCACCGCCGGCCAGGAGUUGCUGGCUCGCGCCCGUGCCGCCAACCAGCCGAUCACGCCACGCAUGGAGGCCAUGGCACGCAUGAUGGACAACAUGGAAAACUCGGCCAUGAGCGGCAUGGACGGCGACAUGCCCAUGCUCAAGCCGGGGGAUGCCUCCAUGGCGUCGCCCUUCACUGCAAAGGCCGUCUCGGUGCUGCCCUGCACGGACAUUAUCAAGCAGGGCAGGUGUACCCUAGUGACCACGGUUCAGAUGUUCAAGAUCCUGGGCCUUACGUGUCUCUCCACCGCCUACAGCCUCAGUGUGCUAUACCUACAGGGCGUCAAGCUGAGUGACACGCAGGCUACUGUCAGCGGUAUGCUCUCUGCCGCCCAGUUCCUGUUCAUCAGCCAGGCAAAGCCCCUCGAGACGAUGAGCCCCGUGCGGCCGCAUCCCACCAUCUUCAACCCUUACUUCUUCGGCUCGCUGCUGGGGCAGUUCGGAGUGCAUCUGGGUCUGCUGAUUUACUUUUACCGGUUGUCCCUGGGGUCCAUGCCGGAUUCGGAGCGGCUGUCGUCCGAGUCCGAGUUCAAACCCAAUUUGGUCAACACGGUGUGCUACCUGGUGCAGGCCGUGGUGCAGAUGAUGACGUUUGCGGUCAACUACGUGGGGCAUCCCUUCAACACCUCCAUCGUAGAGAACCGGAACCUGUUCAACAGCCUGCGCAUCUCCGCGGCGUUCCUGUUUGUUGUGGCAGCGGAGCUGGUACCAGGCCUGAACAGCAGCUUUGGCAUGGUGCCCAUACCUCACCACAUCAAGGUGCAGCUGGUGGGGCUGUCCUUUGGCGCCUUCCUGCUCACCUGGCACCUGGAGCGCAUCCUGCGAGCGCUCUUCCCCGCGCCCGUGCCUCCACCCAAGGGCUAUCAGAGCUACACUGCUGACCUGCGGCGCUUAGGCCUCACGGAGGGGGCGGCAGAGAAGAAGAACAAGUAG